CGCCGGGCGGGGCCGCGUGGCGCCGCCUCGCCCUGCCCCGGCCCCGGCCCCGGUACCGGCCCCGCCCGCACCGGCAGCGCCGCGGCAGCAGCGGGCGGCGGCACCGGCGCAGCCCAGGGCCGCAGGAGGGGGCCGGCGGGGGCCGGCGGCGGCGGGGGGGGCCCCGCCAUGGCCUGCCUGCACGAGCGGCGGACGCCGUCGCCCUCGCUGGCGCUGCCGUCGGACGGGACCCCCGAGCAGGAGCUGACGCCCACGCAGUGCGUGCUGCGCGACGUGCUGCCCGCCGCCCCCGCCGCCCCCCCCGCCGCCGCCGAGGCCUGGCCCCGCCGCGGCCCCCCGCGGCCCCCCGACGCCGCCGAGGCGGUGGGUGAGCUGCGCCGCGGCGGGGCCCUGGCGUCCGAGGGCGGCCACCUGCGGUGCCAGGCGGCCGGCGGCUUCCUCGAGGGGCUCUUCGGCUGCCUCAAGCCCGUCUGGACCAUGCUGGGCAAAGCCUACGCCGCCGAGCACAAGCACCCGCAGGAGGACCCCUGGGAGGUGCCCUUCGAGGAGAUCCUGGACCUGCAGUGGGUGGGCAGCGGGGCGCAGGGCGCCGUCUUCCUGGGCCGCUUCCACGGCGAGGAGGUGGCCGUGAAGAAGGUGCGGGACCUCAAGGAGACCGACAUCAAGCACCUGCGCAAGCUCAAGCACCCCAACAUCAUCACCUUCAAAGGCGUCUGCACCCAGGCCCCCUGCUACUGCAUCAUCAUGGAGUUCUGCGCCCAGGGCCAGCUCUACGAGGUGCUGCGCGCCGGGCGCAAGGUCACCCCCUCGCUCCUCGUCGACUGGUCCAUGGGCAUCGCCGGCGGCAUGAACUACCUGCACCUCCACAAGAUCAUCCACCGCGACCUCAAGUCACCCAACAUGCUCAUCACCUACGACGACGUGGUGAAGAUCUCGGACUUCGGCACCUCCAAGGAGCUCAUCGACAAGAGCACCAAGAUGUCCUUCGCGGGCACCGUGGCCUGGAUGGCGCCCGAGGUCAUCCGCAACGAGCCCGUCUCCGAGAAGGUCGACAUCUGGUCCUUCGGGGUGGUGCUGUGGGAGCUGCUCACGGGCGAGAUCCCCUACAAGGACGUGGACUCGUCGGCCAUCAUCUGGGGGGUGGGCAGCAACAGCCUGCACCUGCCCGUGCCCUCCGGCUGCCCCGACGGCUUCAAGGUGCUGCUGCGCCAGUGCUGGAACAGCAAGCCCCGGAACCGGCCCUCCUUCCGCCAGAUCCUGCUGCACCUCGACAUCGCCUCCGCCGACGUCCUCUCCACCCCGCAGGAGACCUACUUCAAAUCCCAGGCCGAGUGGCGGGAGGAGGUGAAGCUGCACUUCGAGAAGAUCAAGUCGGAGGGGACGUGUCUGCACCGGCUCGAGGAGGAGCUCAUCAACCGCCGGCGCGAGGAGCUCCGGCACGCGCUGGACAUCCGGGAGCACUACGAGCGCAAGCUGGAGCGGGCCAACAACCUCUACAUGGAGCUCAGCGCCCUCAUGCUGCAGCUGGAGCUCAAGGAGAAGGAGCUGCUCAGGCGGGAGCAGGCGCUGGAGAAGCGCUACCCCGGGCUCUUCAAGCCGCGGGCGCCGCGGGGGCUCCUGCACGGCAACGCCGUCGAGACCCUCAUCAAGAAGCGCAACGUGCCCCAGAAGCUCUCGCCCCACGGCAAGCGGCCCGACAUCCUGAAGCCGGAGGUGCUGCUGCCCAAGCUGGACGCGGCCAUGGCGCAGGUGGCCCUGCCGGGGUGUCCCAAGGGCCCCCCCUCGCCCGGGCGCAGCCGGCGCGCCAAGGGCCGCCACCGCAAAGCCGGGCCCCGGGGGGGCUGCGGCGAGCCGGGCCCCGAGGCCGGCCCCCCCCGCGGGCUGCCCGGGCCCCCCCCGGCCGCCGCCGGCCCCGACCUGCUGGGGGGCACCUUGGAGGCGGCGGCCGCCCCCCCGGCCGCGGCGCCCGGAGCGGGGGCCGGCGGCGAGGCGGCCACCCAAGGGUGCCCCCCGGCGCGGCCCCCGGCGCCCGGCGAGCCCGAGCGGGACGGGGGGGCCGCCCGGGGGGGCCGAGCCGGGGCCGGGCAGCACCUCACCCCCGCGGCGCUGCUCUACCGGGCGGCCGUCACGCGGGGCCAGAAACGGGGGGUCUCGUCGGAGGAGGAGGAGGGCGAAGUGGACAGCGAGGUGGAGCUGCCCCUGCGGCAGAGGUGGCCCCCGGGCAUGAGCAAGCGGCAGUCGCUGUCGACCUUCAGCUCGGAGAACUUCUCGGACGGCGACGGGGACGGCGACGGGGACGAGGGCCACACGAGCGAGCCCUCGCACAGUGCCACGCCGGACGUGGGCAGCACCAACACGGACGAGCGCCCCGACGACCGCUCCGAGGACCUGCUCUCGCAGGGCUCCGAGAUCCCCCUGGACGCCGCCCCCCCCGAGGGCCCCGGCCGCCGCCCCGGCGGGCACAGCCCCAAGGUCUCCGAGGACUCGGACUGCGACAGCGCAGAGCUGGACCACUCGGGCAGCGGCGAGGGACCGCCCCGGCCCGCGGCCCCCCCCGGCCUGUGACCUGCCCCCCACCCUUCCCCACGCACCCCCCCACUUGUACAGCCCCAAAUAUUUAU